GCAAAUGGUCCAAAUGACUGGUGGAUUUUGUGAAUGGAGCACUUAGUGACUGAGGAAUGACGUCAGCGCAAAAGCCAUGUCCCUCAUGAGUGAGCCAGGACCGAAAGGAGGCGUCUCAUUGGCCGGCCGUGGCAUCAGAGCGACGUGAUUGGUCGCCGGCGGAUAAUUAAACACCUACACAGUCAAUGCACAAAUCCAAGUGGUGGGAUAUAUAGGCUGGAGCGUUGGCGCUGCAUGCAACAGAAUCAAGAGUUGUCCUGCAAGUUGAGAGAAAGUCAACUUAUUGUAUUUUGCAAAGAGAUACAUAGAGAUUUAUAUUUAUUUAUUUUUUUGCUGGGUGAUUAUCACUGAAGGGGACCAUGGUUAUGUUGAAGAUCUCUGCUUUCCUCGUUGCCUACGCCCUGGUCAUUUGCCAGAUGUACUGCUCACAAGCUGCUCCUGCCAGACCGGGUUUAGAGUCCAUGUCAGACCGAGUCACGCUCACGGACUAUGAGGCGAGGAGGUUACUCAAUGCCAUCGUCAAGGAGUUUGUGCAGAUGACGGCGGAGGAGCUGGAGCAGCAGGCGACUGAAGGAAACAGCAUGGACAGGCCCCUAACCAAGCGCUGCUCCAACCUCAGCACCUGUGUGUUGGGCAAACUGUCUCAGGAGCUGCACAAGUUGCAGACAUUCCCCCGCACGAACGUGGGAGCAGGGACACCCGGCAAGAAGCGCAGUGCGCCUGAGAGCGACAGCUAUGCAAGCUACGGCGAGACGUUUGACAGCAUCUAACCCCCCUCCUCCUCCUCCUCAUCCUCCCUCUGCCCCUCUCUUACCUCCCCUAUGUACUCUUCCUCCUCCUCCUCCUCUUCCCUGUUUGUGCAUGUUGAUUUGAUCUGCCUGACUGACAUGAGAAGUUAACUGUAACUGCAACUGCAACCAACUUUUACGUUCUUGUCUCCUUCCCCCUCUUAUGUUUGGCAGAGAAUGAUUUGUUCCCGUCAUUUCAGACAAUCAGAGUUAGUUUUCAUAAAUGUGAUUGAGGAGCCGGUGCAGACAUCCAUCUCUGUGUACUGUCUGUGGAGUCAUUUGAUGGCAUUUUAAAACCCCGCUGAAGUUUAAGGGUUUAGAGAGAUCACUUAAUGGAAGUAUUAAUAAAUGAUCCACUAAUGCGACACCAUGUUUCUUGUUCAAUAAACGUAUUUUUCUACCAGGAA